AUGGAGGACAUCGAGCUCGAGAGCGUCGAGGUUUAUCACUCGCCGCCAGAUCAACCAAACACGAAACCUGUAAUUCGCAUCUUGCUAGGGUGUGGCCUACUACAACUUCCCAUAUGGGGGUUCGCAAUGACUUUCGGCAUCUUUCAAGACACCUAUGCCAAACAGCAUAGAUUCAACAGCUCGACCGGCAUCAUUGGUACGACCACGAAUGGUGUGAUGUACCUCUCCAUGCCAAUCCUGUCGACACUACUGGAGAAGGAAGCCUGGGUGCCAUGGCAGCGGACCAUUGCCAUAUUGGGAACCUUGCUAUCGGCGAUAAGCUUCCUUGGCUCAUCAUGGGGCACUACUGUCGGAGAGCUCGUUCUAUUGCAGGGCGUUCUGGCUGCACUUGGUAAUGCAAUGACUUACACCCCAACGACCUUAUGGAUCGACACAUGGUUCCGGGGAGGCAAUCGAGCGACGGCCUAUUCCGUCGCAUUCUCGAUGAAGAAUAUCGUCGGUACUGCGACUCCUUUCCUGAUGUCUGGUAUGCUGCAGAGACUAGGAUCUGCCUGGGCCCUACGUAUCUGGGCAGCUUUUGUACUCGUCAUAGGCCUGGCAGGCAUUGCUUUAGUACCUCUGCCUCCAACGACACGACUCCGACGACAACGAAACAUUCCCUGGUCUUUCUUGACACAUCGGACAUUCUAUAUCUACAGCAUCGCCAACAUCGUCUUCAGCUGUGGUUAUGGUCUGCCACAAACAUAUUUGUCAAUCUACGCCUCGCAAUAUUUACACUUACCAGCAGCAGAAAGCGCGGCCAUGAUAGCAUUAUUCAACGCACCAGGUAUCCUUUCUUGUACUGGAUUCGGACUGCUUCAUGACAAGCUGAAUGUCUCCUCGACCGUCACCACGUUGGUCUCGGCCAUAGGAUCCGCUUUAAGCGUCUUUCUGCUGUGGGGUCUAAAAUCGAACACGAUAGCCGGCCUGCUGAUAUCCUUCGCCAUCGGCUUCGGCUUUUUCGCAUCGGCGUACUCCUCGACCUGGGGUGGCUGGAUUAACGAGAUCGAGAAAGAAGCUGCUGAGAACAAUGAGGCUGUUAACUCCGGCAUGGUUUAUGGCUUCAUGAAUGGUGCUCGAGGCAUUGGCUAUGUUGCGGGAGGUCUCUCUGGCGUAGGUCUUCUCCAGCUCGGCGCCAUACAAGCCAGCCAGCAGUGGGCGUUCGGGACGAAGUACGGCGCUUUGAUAUUAUUCACCGGCAUUAGCUCGGCGUUUGGCGGUUGGAGUGUGUUGUGGCGAGGCUUGUCGUGUAGACGAUGA